AGAGAGCGCGCAUAAGAACAGCGGCGCGUACAGGAUGUUUUUACGCGUCGCAUCCACGCUGCUUCCCGCGUUUCUCCAUCAGAUAACAGAUCCGAUCCGCUUCGCCCUGUCGGACUGACUUUCACCUCGGCUCACUACUAUUCUGAUUUUGAGGUGGACUGUAUUUUUGGACAUUCCAGCCAGACCUGCAUGAGCGCAAGAAAACUUAUGACCCUCAGGAUGGCUCUGUCUGACAUGAUGCUCAUCUUCAUCUAUCUGACUCACACUGAGAUUGAGAUUACAGGAGCAUCGAUGGUGACCAACCAACCAGAUGUGGAAGCUCGAUGCCCUCUGGGCCAUUUCCCAUGUGGGAACCUGAGUGAGUGCCUCCCUCAGGCUUUGCAGUGUAAUGGACACAAAGACUGUCAAAACGGGGCAGAUGAACGACGCUGUGGGGACAACAUCGGCUGGGCAGAUUUAUUUGGUCGAUUGCUUCAGAAUAACAAUCCCGUGGACCUUUACUUCCUGGAUGAGUGCUUUUUGCAGGAAUAUCCAGAGACAUGUGACUGCAUAAAAACAGAGGUGGAGUGCGUGGAUGUCAACCUGCAAGUGGUUCCUCAACUUUCUCCCAAUGUUACCUGGCUGUCACUGAGGAGCAAUGAAAUCCAAGCAUUACCCGACUAUGUCUUCUGUGAAUAUGCUGCCCUUGAGAGACUGUUUCUGCAAAACAACAGCCUAAAGGUUAUUUCCAGAGAUGCUUUCAGUGGCCUGUUCAGCCUAAAGAGGUUGUUUCUCAGUGAGAACCUAAUAUCUUCUCUGAGUCCCGGCGUGUUCAGGGAUCUCCAUCACUUGGAAUGGUUAAUGUUGGAUCACAACCCACUGAGAAUCGUAUCCCUGGACACCUUCACUGGACUCCAAUCUCUCAUCUAUCUAUCCAUGGUGAACACAUCGCUGGAGCAGCUCCCUCAUCCCAGCUUCUGCCAGCACAUGCCCACCUUAGACUGGCUGGACCUUGAAGGGAACCAGAUACAAACACUCAACUAUUCUAUCUUGAAGAGGUGUACUAAACUUGAAGUUUUACUACUGAUGGACAACAGGAUAAGAAAUGUUCCUGAAAACACAUUCCAGUCACUGCUGAAACUGGCAGAACUGAAUCUGUCCAACAACAGGAUCAGAAAUUUGCCAAAAAAUAUUUUUAAGAACCUCUCCAAGUCUCUUCUUAAGCUAAAUAUUUCCCACAAUCCCCAUCUGCACAUCUACCCUAACCACUUUAACCACUUAUCCUAUCUGCAGUCUUUAGCGCUGGAAGGAAUUGAGAUCCCAGAUAUUCAAACAAAGAUGUUUCAGCCUAUGAAGAACCUCUCCCACAUUUACUUUAAAAAGUUCCAGUACUGCUCCUAUGCCCCACAUGUCCGGUUGUGUAAGCCCAACACAGACGGGAUCUCAUCCUUUGAGGACCUCCUGGCUAACAUUGUGCUGAGAGUGUCCGUCUGGGUGAUAGCCUUCAUUACCUGCUUUGGAAACCUUAUUGUAAUCGGCAUGAGGUCACUGAUCCGGGCCGAGAACAAUCUGCAUGCUGCUUGCAUCAAAGUCCUCUGCUGUGCAGACUGUCUCAUGGGUGUGUAUCUGUUCUUUGUUGGAGUGUUUGAUGUGAAAUUCCGUGGGCAGUACAACCGUAACGCGCUGACAUGGAUGGACAGCGUGGAGUGUAGAACCAUUGGAUUUCUCGCCAUGCUCUCCUCAGAGGUGUCAGUCCUCCUCCUUACCUAUCUGACUCUGGAAAGAUUCCUCGUCAUUGUGUUUCCUUUCAGCAACCUGCGGCCAAGCAAACUUCAAACUGGGGUGGUCCUGGCAUCAAUCUGGCUGCUGGGGCUCAUUAUUGCUGCCGUACCCCUAAUGAACGAGGAUGUGUUUGGAAAUUACUAUGGACUCAAUGGUGUCUGCUUCCCCCUGCACUCUGACAGGCAAGAAAAAGCUACAGCCAAAGGAUAUUCCACAGGCAUUUUUCUGGGUCUGAACGUGGUGGCGUUCCUGGUGAUCGUCUGUUCCUACUCCAGCAUGUUCUACUCCAUCUAUAAAACUGGCAUCAAUGCCACAGACAUGAGGAGCAGACUGCACAAAGAUGUGGCUGUGGCAAACAGGUUUUUUUUUAUAGUGUUCUCUGAUGCCCUCUGCUGGAUUCCCAUAUUCUUAGUCAAAAUCCUCUCGCUCAUGGAAGUUGAGAUACCUGGCACCAUCUCCAGCUGGGUCGUAAUCUUCAUCCUUCCCAUUAACAGCGCCUUGAAUCCCAUCUUAUAUACCUUGACCACCAGUUUCUUCAGAGAACAAGUGGAAGGCUUUCUCUGUCGCUGGCAGAGGAAAAGAACACUUAAAAAAGACCAUAAGAGUCUCACCUCCUCCACAGUUUUCAUGGAGACCUCACGGGUUCCUUGCUACCACUCACCAGCCUACCUACAUCAUGUGUCACUGACUGGUGCCAACCCUCAAUAUGCUUGAUGGAGGUUAUUCUGACAUUUCUUCAAGAACGGGCCCAUAAUCACAUUUUUUUUUUCCAUUUGGCUCUACAUGACAGCAGAAAUGACUGGUUUUCAAGAGUAACAAGUUUGAGUACAAUGGAAUGAUGAUGUCAUAAUCCCCCAGCAUGUCCCCAUUGAAAGUCAGCCUGUUUUGGGAAAAAACACCAUCUGACAGUGAGAAUAUUAUUUUGCAUCAACUUAGCUAUAUAUAAACAGCAAAUAUGGUCAUGCUUCUUGAUAACAGAUGAAGGAAAA